GCCAGGGCGGACCUGGCUGGGCAGAGGAGCUUGGGUUCUGAGUCCCCGCAGGCCCGCCUUGGGGAAGAGCAGGAAGCCUGGGGAUGAGAGGUGGCAGGUCUUUGGCUGACGCCGCCUGGCCCGUCACUGAGAAGUUCCGGUGGGAAGCCAGCAUGGCCCGGCAGGGCCGACCUGGGUGUCCUCUGAGAGCUAAUGCUGCCUCCUUCCAGGAUGCUGUGCGAACACUCAACACCCUGCAGACCAAUGCUGGGUACCUGGAGCAGGUGAAGCGACAGAGGGGCGACCCGCAGGCACAGCUGGAAGCAAUGGUGCUGUACCUGGCACGGAGCGGGCUGCAGGUGGAGGACUUGGACAAGCUGAACAUCAUCCACGUCACUGGGACCAAGGGGAAGGGUUCCACAUGUGCCUUCACUGAGCGGAUCCUGCGAAGCUACGGCCUAAAGACGGGAUUCUUUAGCUCUCCCCACCUGGUGCAGGUGCGAGAGCGGAUCCGCAUCAACGGGCAGCCCAUCAGUCCUGAGCUCUUCACCAAGCACUUCUGGCAUCUGUACCACCGGCUGGAGGAGACCAAGGACGGCAGCUGUGUCUCCAUGCCCGCUUACUUCCGCUUCCUCACCCUCAUGGCCUUCCACGUCUUCCUCCAGGAGAAAGUAGACCUGGCGGUGGUGGAAGUGGGCAUUGGGGGUGCUUACGACUGCACCAACAUCAUCAGGAAGCCUGUAGUGUGUGGGAUCUCCUCCCUCGGCAUCGACCACACCAGCCUUCUGGGGGACACAGUGGAGAAGAUUGCGUGGCAGAAAGGGGGAAUCUUCAAGCAUGGCGUUCCAGCCUUCACUGUGCUGCAGCCCGAUGGCCCCCUGGCAGUGCUGAAGGACCGAGCCCAGCAGGUCUCGUGUCCUCUCUAUGUGUGCCCACCACUGGAAGCCCUAGAGGGAGGGGAGCCACCGCUGGUGCUGGGCCUGGAGGGGGAGCACCAGCGCUCCAAUGCCGCCUUGGCCUUGCAGCUGGCUCGCUGCUGGCUGCAGCAGCAGGACUCCCCAGGCAUCGGGGAGCUGAAGGCGUCCAGCUCAGGCCUCCUGCAGCAGCUGCCCUUGGCCCCCGUGUUCCGGCCCACCUCCCACAUGCGGCAUGGGCUUCAAGACACAGAGUGGCCCGGUCGGAAUCAGGUUCUGCGGCGCGGGCCCCUCACCUGGUACCUGGACGGAGCCCAUACCGCCAGCAGCGUGAAGGCCUGUGUGCGCUGGUUCCGCCAGGUGCUGCGGGGUCAGGAGAGGCUGAGCAGCGGGCCUGAGGUGCGAGUCCUGCUCUUCAAUGCCACUGGGGACCGGGACCGGGCGGCCCUUCUGAAGCUGCUGCAGCCUUGCCAGUUUGACUAUGCUGUCUUCUGCCCCAACAUGACAGAGGUGUCGUCCACAGGCAACGCAGACCAACAGAACUUCACCGUGACGCUGGACCAGGUGCUGCUUCGCUGCCUAGAACACCAGCAGCACUGGAGCACCCUGGCCGGGGACCAGGCCAGCCCAGGCCACUGGAGGCCUCCCAGCCCGGAGCCCGGUGGCCCCUCAUCCCUGCUGCGGCCACGCUGCCCACCUCACACCCACAGCACCAGCUCCCUGGUCUUCAGCUGCAUCUCGCACGCCUUACAGUGGAUCAGCCAAGGCCGGGAUCCCGUCUUUCAGCUACCCGGUUCCCCCCGGGGCCUCCUCACCCACCCGGUGGCGGACGGUGGGGCCAGUGUACUCCGGGAGGCUGCAGCCAUCCACGUGCUGGUCACGGGCAGCCUGCACUUGGUGGGUGGCGUCCUGAAGCUGCUGGAGCCCUCCCUGUCCCAGUAGCUGAGGCAGUGGGGCUGGAGGUGGGCCCUUCCCACACCUGCCCUGUGUUCUGGCCGUGAACUCCCACAUGAGGUGCCUUUUGUCCUCUGCCUUCCUGGCUGUCUCCGAGGGCCCACGGGCCUGGGCCCUGGACAGAGGGGCUAGAGUACGGGUGGCUGGCAGAGGCCGGCCCUCUGUGUCCGAGCCUGGGGUGUCCUUGGCCACAGUGCCCCCUUCGUGCCUUGGUCUCUCCCUGGAAGAUCACCCCUGUGCACUGAGUCACCCACGGUUCUUACAGUCCCAGAACCCAGCCUGUCCCUGCCACCCUGUCGCUGUCUCCUGGCUCAAGCCCAGUGUAUUGUGUGGGCUGCCUGGCCGGGUCUGGGGUCCACUGGUGCCGGUGUUAGCCUCCUUCUAGUGCCUUCUGGGGACGCAGGGACCCCUGCCUGGGGCCCGAAGAUGGUCACAGUAGUUAACAUCGUGGUUUUUUAAAAAGCUGGUGGACCUUGUGAUUUUCUUGACAUAAACAAUAGAGGAGGGCUGCACACCAGUCUCUCCAUCUAGCAAAUGGGCUCAUCACACCCACGCCCCCGGGGCUACUCAACUGGCCUCUCUCAGAGAUGACAAGACUGGACAGAUGCCUGCUAACCACUUCCUACAUGCAGGGCCCUGCUUUAAGGACCCCUCCCCCGAGACCUGGCGACUGAGUAUCCCUCGUUUGCAGAGCGGUGGCCUGUGGCCCGCUUAAAGUAACCAU